CAGCCUCUCUGCUCCAAGACUCUCACACCGGGUCAGAACGAUCACCACAGGACGACAGGAACGAACUACAAAGCCCAUCAUCCCGUUCGCCAUGCCAUUCUCCUGACUCCAAGGACCAGGGGUCACUCUCCAAAAUGCCCACGAAGAACGGCCUCAUGAUGCAGGUGUGUGAGGAAAGGCUACAGUUCUCCCUCAGCGAAAAUGUUAAAAGCAACGUUCUCUGGGGAACCACGGUGAGCGACACUGUCACUCUGCGCCCCUGGGGAGACAACACCACAGAAGCCAGCGAAGACCCAGUGACUGGAAAUGACAGGAAAGCCCCUGAGAGGAUGGAGGAGCCGCAGCCAGCGUGCAGUCCUGUGCCCCAGACCGUCUCUGGUGGAACUGCCAAUGAACCGUUUACUGUGAUCGAACAGCCUGAGGUUACGUCACCUCAGCCUGUGGGAAACCUAGCAAUGAAAGCCAAGCUAGCUCGCCUGUCCCUCGCCUUGCCACCCCUCGCUCUCGCUCUCCCUCUGUCCCCAAGUCCCAAAGGAGGGUUUGGAGACGGGGUACUAGGGCACAGAAGUGGGAGAAGGAGGGGCUUGUCCACAGGAAGUGACCUUGACGACGAGGAGGAAGACGAACAGGAAGAUGAAAGCUCUCGGAGGGUAAUCGUCGUCACGGAAACGGACGUGGACAAGAGGGUGGGCCUGCGGAGUCUGUUGAAGUCUCCGAAGGAGCCGACGGACAGAGACAAAGACAAGGGACGCAACGUGUCCUUUUUUGAUGAUGUCACUGUCUAUCUCUUCGAUCAGGAAACUCCAACCAAUGAGCUGAGUGGUUCUGCGCCUGCCAGUCCAACUCCAGCCCCUGGAAAAAGCACUAAAUUUGACGUACAUGGAGCAAACAGCAAAGGCAAAAACUCUAAAAGAAAAGAGGAGUUGUCAAUCAAACCAAGGUCUCCUGUGGGGUCCAACCCGGUGACAUCAUCACGCUUUACCGUGAGCCCUGCCAGUGACCCCCACCUAAAGUGA